UCGGGCACCCUACGAUAAUUACGGAGGGAUUCGACGACAUCGAUCAAUAUUUUGGAAUCGUGAAGUGCCGAGUAGUACCUCCUCGUGGGCUGUAUUUGCCGGUGCUACCUUGCCGAAUCCAAGACAAAUUGAUGUUCCCUCUUUGUCGUACGUGUGCCGAGAAUACGCAGCAGGACCCGUGUGCACAUUGUGAUGAUGACAGGGCAUUAACUGGUACAUGGGUAAGCGAAGAGUUAAAGCUCGCAAAGAAAAAGGGGUACCAAAUAACCGAUAUGUACGAAGUUUACCAUUUCCCCACUUCAUCCAAUGUGCUGUUUCGCGAUUACAUCGACCUGUUCCUCAAAAUAAAACAGGAGAGUAGCGGCUGGCCUCGUGAAUGCAGCACAGAAGAUGAAAAGAGGGAGUACAUACUCCGUUACGAAGCCAAAGAAGGCAUAUUGCUGGACAGCAACGCCAUUUCAAAAAACCCAGGAAGAAGACAAGUUGCCAAACUGGCUCUUAACAGUUUUUGGGGACGAUUUGGCAUGAACACAAACAAAACCAGUUUGGUGUUUGUUAAUAGCAUCCCUACCUUCAACAAAUAUAUGGCCGAUUCAACAAAAAUUAUCAAAGAUGUUUUUUUCCCAUCUGACGAGCUGGCCGCCCUACAGUUUGUUUCUGCAGCCGAGUUUGUGAAGCAGGACACCAGCACCAACAUUUUUGUAGCUGCUUUCACAACUGCAUGGGCGCGGUUGAAGCUGUAUGAGGAGAUGGACAAAUUAGGGACUCACGUACUCUACCAUGAUACAGACAGCAUCAUUUAUUCCAGUGAUGGAACUAACGACCCUCCUCUCGGAAACUUUCUUGGGGAUUUCACGGACGAAUUGGACGGUGGCACCAUCUCUGUUUUUGUGUCUGGUGGCCCGAAAAACUAUGCCUACACUACAAGUGACGGGGAAACUUGCUGCAAGGUACGUGGGUUUACCCUAAACCACAGGAACGUCCAGCUCCUCAACUUCGAUUCUAUCAAGCAGCUCGUGCUAAGCUUGGACGAACCCUCCUCCAUCAAUAUCCAUAACCCGGCAAAAAUUUGCAGGGAGCCAAAAAGGAGAAAAAUUAUGAAUAAAGUUGAAAAUAAAAUGUAUCAAAUAAUCUACAACAAAAGAGUCAUACAACCGGACUAUUCGACCUUGCCCUAUGGGUACUAGACUUUUUCUCAUACCAUCACC